AUGGAUUGGCUGAAUCAUUUGAAGAAGCCGCAGCUUUAUGCGGUGCUGGCGCAGGCGCUGCUGGGAGCGAGCACGGGGCAUGUGACUGUAGCGAGGGUGCCUAAAGACGGGUGGUUCUGUAGGGAGCAUGGCGAGUGGCAUGCGGCUGGGGAGGAUUGUGAGGGAAGGGAGGGGUUUGGAGGUGUUUCGGGUGGUGGAGGGGGUGGUUCGGGGAGUGGUGAGGGGUUGGGAGGUGUGGAGAGGGAGGGGGGAGAGGGAAGUGUUGGGAGGGGUGGGUUGGGUCCUCAGGCGGGAGAAGGGGUGGAGAACGGUGGCAGUGGGGCUGAGAGAGGUGGGGAGGAGAGGAGAAACGGUCAGCUCUCCGGGUUAAGCGGGCAACAGAGAGAAGAUUCUUCAGGUGAAACUCAGGUGAAUGGUCAGGUGGACACGCAGCAGCCGCUGCUGCAGCAGACAGGAAGGAACACGUGGCAUGAGCUGGAUGAGGCUGACGUGUGGCCACCUCAGCUGGAGAGCCACGUCAGCUGGGCAUCUGCCAGCGUGGCUGCUGCUCCGUCAGCAGGAAGGGGGGGAAGAGGGAGAGGCCUGGGCGGAGCAGGACGGGAGGGAAUGGGAGGAAUGGGAGGGGGAGUGGGCGGGGGAGGGGUGUGGGGAGUGAGAGGAGGAGGGGGAGACGGAUUAGGAGCCUUUGACACGGCGAGUGUUGGGAGUGACAGCAGCAGUGAGACUGGCAGCACGCACGGCAGCGGCGGAGGGGUGACCCUCAGAAGCAUGGGUGGGGGAGGAGGGGCCAUGGGAAGUGGCGUUGGGGGUGCUGAUGCCUUUGCUGCUGCUGCUAGUAGGGCAGGACUGGGGCUCCGUGUUGGGCUAGUAGCAGCAGCAGGAGCAGGGGGGUUAGGCGGAGCAGGGGGGUUAGGAGGAGGUGGAGUAACAGCAGGAGGGCCGGUGAUGCGAAGGACACCGUCGAUUCGAGUGCAGAACCUGGUGUCGUGGGAAGAGACCCCCCAUGAAGGCCUGCCGGAGCACGGGGCUGGGGGUGCUGCAGGGAUGGGAGAUGGAGCAGCGGCAGCGGGUGGGGCAGGGGAAGAGGCGGUGGAAGGGGCUGGGGCAGCAGCAGCUGUGGGGGGAGGGGCAGGGACGGAGGCAGGAGCAGGUGGAGGAGGAGAGAACGGAGGAGGAGGCGGAGGGGGAGGGGGUGGGGUGCACCCAGAGGCUGCUGGAAGGAGGCAGCGGAUGGGAGGGUGGUGGGGAAGGGGAGCGCGAGUGAGUGAGAGGGGACGAGGUAUGGGUGCUGGUGCAGGUGCGGGGGAGGCAGGAACUGGAAUGGGGGAAGCCGGGCAGCAGCAGCAGCAGCAGCAGCAGCAGCAGCAGCCCCCACAAGAGCAGCAAUACCAGCAGCAGCCGGAGCAGAGGGAGCGAGCGGGUGGCGGUGGGGAGGAGUGUGUGGAAGCGAGGAUGAACAUGGGAGCGCUGAGCCUGGCGUUUCAGAAGCACCUGGCGCUGCUGGUGCGCGCUGAGAGGACCCGCAGCAGCGAGGCCCUGCGCCUGCUCGUGUGCUCCGAGGCCGUGCCCUCCAUCCUUAGCUGGCUCACCAGCGCUGAGAGUACACGGGAGGAUCAGAUGUUGCUGAGGCAGCUGCUGAUGGCAGUGCGGGUGGCGGCAAGUGAGGAGGCGGGGGGGCUGGACUGGUGGAGUGGCGUCAAGUGCUUCUACUCCAAACGAGUCACCUUCAAACGGGACAAAGCAGCCCCUGUGGCUUCGGCUCCCACUCCCACCCCUGCACCUACCACCAUUGAACUUGCCCCGGUUACCACCUAG